AUGCUACCAUUUGGUUUUCUUGUCUGGUUUCAAAAUCGACGUGCCAAGUUCCGUAAAACUGAACGUGUUGUUCAACCUAACAGCUCAACGACGACAACCACAACACCGACUGAAACGUCAGGAGUAAUAACAUCAACUCUAUCGACUACAAAUAUAACACCACCAACAACCUGUAUGAAUCACACUGACGUUAAUCUUCCCUCACAAACAAGAAUUCAACAUUUAACGCUGAAUAAUAAUAAUUCAAUAUUUAAUGAAAAAUCCCAGUUUAUUCCUUCAACGAGUGAUCAAUACACGCCUAUGCAUCAUUUGAAAAAUACUCAAAACGAAGGCAUGUUACACCGAAAUAUUGACAGUCAAUUUCAACACUAUCAACCAUCAGAACAUCUAGAAGAUGAGGGUAUCUAUUCACAAGAAACAAUUGAAACGUAUAAUAAAGUAAAAGGGAAUGAAUUAAUCAAUACUGCUGAAAAACACUAUCCACCAUUGACAGAUCCUUUCUGUUCAAUGAUAUCGAAACCGCCAAAUGUAUUUCAAAGUAUUCCGAUCAAUCCAGACAACAAGCUGUACACGGAUUGGAGUAAUUCAGCCUCAGACUGUUUUAGAGAAAUCAGCUAUACAGACAAUCAUAGUAGUGGUAUACACCCAUUGUAUAAGUUAAGUCAAGCGUGUAGACAAGUUGACAGACUGCUGAUUGGUGAGGCACAAGAGGUGGUGAACACUUUCAAUAGUAACAAUAAAAAGUCUUCAGGGAAACAACAGAAAUUAAUUGAGAGAAAAAGUAGAAAUUGUCAGUAUUGAACAUUGCAGCAGAGCACACACACACAGAGAGUAGG